CCCACUCGCAUUGACAUUUCAACUCCACGAAGGAUCCAAAGGUAGAUAGGUUUGAAAUCGGGACAUAUAACUUUCCGUCGCUGUGAUCCGGAGGAGCGAUCCGGGGAGGGAAGGCGCGACUUUUUACGCACAGGAUACCGGUCAGACAACUGCUGCUCUCAGCCGGGAUAUCCCCUCCGUCUCCGACGAAGACCACUGGAAACUAAUUUUUCCUUGUCUAAACUUCCCGAGAGAGACUGCUCCUGGUCGGCUUUUUUUUCCCCUUCCCUGCUUGGUGUGGAGAGCUGUAGCCUGUAGUUUACCAAGGACUUUGACAACGACGCAGGAUGCCCCAAAAAGAAUACCACAGCCAAGCCACGUGGGAGUCUGGCGUAGCCUCAAUGAUGCAGAACAAGGUGUAUGACAUCUGUGAUGAAGGUCACAGUGGCGUAAACCAGCUUGGUGGUGUGUUUGUUAAUGGUAGACCGCUGCCGGAUUCCACCAGGCAGAAAAUAGUUGAACUCGCUCACAGUGGUGCUCGACCCUGCGACAUCUCCAGGAUACUGCAGACCCAUGAUGAAGUCCAAGUGCUGGACAGUGAAAAGGUAUCCAACGGCUGUGUGAGCAAGAUCCUGGGCCGGUACUAUGAAACUGGCUCCAUCCGACCAAGAGCAAUAGGCGGCAGCAAGCCCAGGGUCGCCACUCCAGAGGUGGUCGCGAAAAUCGCGCAGUACAAGCGGGAGUGUCCGUCUAUCUUCGCGUGGGAGAUCCGUGACAGACUUCUGUCGGAGGGGAUCUGCACCAACGACAACAUACCCAGUGUAAGUGUGUCAUCGAUAAACAGAGUCCUCCGCAACCUGGCUAGUGAAAAGCAACAGAUGGGCGCAGAUGGCAUGUAUGACAAGCUGAGAAUGCUCAACGGUCAGACAGGAACUUGGGGGACCCGGCCCGGCUGGUACCCCGGAACAUCAGUGCCAGGGCAACCCAACCAAGACGGCUGCCCACAACAAGACGGCGCAGGAGAAAACACAAACUCCAUCAGCUCGAACGGGGAGGAUUCAGAGGAGACACAGAUGCGACUCCAGCUCAAGAGGAAACUACAGAGAAACCGCACGUCCUUCACUCAGGAGCAGAUUGAAGCACUGGAAAAAGAAUUUGAAAGAACUCAUUAUCCAGAUGUUUUCGCGCGGGAGAGACUAGCGGCGAAAAUCGACUUGCCCGAAGCAAGAAUACAAGUAUGGUUCUCAAACAGAAGAGCGAAGUGGAGGCGAGAGGAGAAGCUGCGGAACCAGCGCCGGCAGGCCAACAACUCCUCCAGUCACAUUCCCAUCAGCAGCAGCUUCAGCACCAGCGUGUACCAGGCCAUCCCACAGCCCACCACACCGGUGUCUUUCACCUCGGGGUCGAUGCUGGGUAGACCUGACUCUGCUCUGGCAAACACCUACAGUGCGCUGCCCCCCAUGCCCAGCUUCACCAUGGCAAACAAUCUACCUAUGCAACCCAGCCAGACCUCCUCUUAUUCCUGCAUGCUGCCUACCAGUCCGCCUGUGAACGGGCGGAGCUACGACACAUACACGCCCCCUCAUAUGCAGGCACAUAUGAACAGCCAAUCAAUGACCACUUCUGGUACCACCUCAACAGGACUCAUCUCUCCUGGAGUGUCUGUCCCUGUCCAAGUCCCAGGGAGCGAGCCUGACAUGUCUCAGUACUGGUCAAGACUACAGUAGAGAGAAGAGCUACUUCACCCUGUAACCACCCACUCCACCAUCGCCCUGCGGCAGUGCUCCUCACACAUACACGGCACAGAAGAGUGAAGAAGGCGAGGGAUGGUUGUGAAGAGGCAAAGGACAGGAGGGGAUAAGAGGAAUGAAAGAGAAAGACUCUGGGAGAACCUUGGGACGUCUGGGCUCUGUUUCCAGUGGGACUGUGUGCUGUUCUGUAGCUCUAGGCACAUUCUAACGAGGACUCGGGAAGGGAGAACAAGGAUGGAAAGUCGCGGAAAAAAAUGGACCUCUGUAAAGUGCCCGGUGUUAAAUUUUUAUGGAACAAAAACUUAUCUGUUCUUUUCUAUUUCCAACUUCAGUCAUUGUUUCCUUUUUUUCUCUGGUGUGUUAGUAAAUGGCCAUUUGUAUGUUAAUAUGAAAAACCAAGAUCAAGUACUGAUAGAUGGACUGCUAGAAAACCAUGUUGGUCUUGCGUUUGUUUGAGAGAGAAGAACCUCAGAGAUUCUGCCAUGACUAUCUUUUGAUCUGCUUAUAUCGAGACUUUCUACCAGCCUUUGCAUGGUCUCUGGACGCUGUUGCAUAUCAUUAAAGACGAAAAGCUGGGGGGAAGACUCUUACUAUGUCAAAAAAAAAAAAAAAUAUUUAUUGGUCUUAUUUCGUACGAACGGAUAUUUAGCAGAAGAAACUCAAACUCGAUCCACCCACUGAGGCUGUGGUCUUGACUCCUCGUUUCCCCGGCUUAUUAAACCACGGAUCACUAUCAACGGCUCAGUGUGCAAAGACGACGUGACAUGCGGCACAACUUGGACCUCUUGCUUUGGUGGUUGGAUUGACUCUAGAUUACCAUGACGAACAUUAAAUGUGGAAAACAGGUGUAAAGGAAAACCUGUAGUCUGUAAAUGGUAGACUGCGUCUUCGAUAUAAUCCAGUUUGUUUAUGUCAAAAUGUAAAGUACUUGUCUUCCCUAGAAAUCUUCCAGAAAGAUUUCUCCAAUAAAAGUUGAUUUUCAUUUA